AUGCCCGAAAUCUCGGCCGAUGCGGCGGAUAUCAUUAAACUGAUUCGAGGGCUGGAGCUCCUUGAUGAACCUACUAUUAACUUGUUAGAGCAGCUCCUUUCUAACCGUUCUGACGAGGGGCUUAUACAAUAUCUUAUCUCUGGCAAAGAAGAUCUGAUAACCGUUUCCAUUUUUCGCAUUUGCAACAACGCCCAGACCCCACACAUUCUCAGUUAUGUGCUCCAUUUCUUUGCUGAUAUCGUAUCCCGAAAACCCAUACUCGCGGUUCAGCUAGGUCGCGCAGACCUCAUUAGUCAAUUUGGCUCCAACCCGCCUCUGACCUUCAUGCGGUUUGUGAGAUUGAACUCAACGGAUCUGAGUAUUGUGAAUCCGGCCCUGUACCUAGCGGCUACAGCCCUACGCUACAGCGAAUACGAAGCAAACGCUGAUGCGUUUGCUGCAUUCUUUACUUAUGCCCGGAUCGCUCAAUCAUCUGAUAUACUUCAUUUAGACGAGGUGCAGUAUGUAGUCCGGGGGUGUGUACUAAUCGCACGGCGGAAAGAGUUCCGUAGACUUUUUUUUAAGGAAAAAAUGGUGCCUUUUAUCCCGCGUCUUCUGACUGAGAUUGUCUCAGACGAUUCAGGAAGCAUCAUUCAGCUGAUUUACGAGACCCUUACCCUUGCCUGGUUACUUUCGUUUGAAUACGAGGGUAUUGUCUGUCUGGUUCGGGAAAAAAUAAUUCCGCAGCUUCGUCGUGUCUUACAGCGCGUCCAGAAGGAAAAAUGCGUUCGUAUGACCCUUCUGAUCCUCUGGAAUAUGGCUGAAGCGGAGCGCAAGUACAUUGCUCAUAUGCUCAACCCAGUUGCAAAUCAAUGGGUGGAUAACCAAAUCGAUGUAUUGGGAAAGCUGAACGUCAGCGGUAAGGUUGGCAUGGGCGGCUUCGAACCAAACAGUAGUCUCCGAAGAAGAGUUUCCCUAGUCUCCGAGAUGGUUAGUGUUGGAUUGCUUAAAAGCCUCUCACAGCUUAGACGACGCAAGUUUGGCGAUGAGGACGUCGGCGAACUCAUACAGCGGCUUGAAGGUGCGUUAGAAGCUUCAAUGGAGGUCCUCACCAGCUUCUCCGAGUAUCGUGGUGAGGUUCUGACAGGUGUCCUGGAGUGGAGUCCAGUCCAUAUGAAUGAAAAGUUUUGGAUUGAUAACGCGCACAAAUUUGAUGAAAACGACUACGAAGUGAUAGUUGCGCUUGGUAAGAUCAUUCUGCAAACAAGAGAUGACACUACGUUGGCAGUGGCUUGCCAUGACCUCGGCAAGGUGGUGCGCUAUCACCCAUCUGGUAGAACCCUAUUGUCCCUGCCAGCAAUGGAAGGUGUAAAGGAGCGAGUAAUCAGUCUUAUGUCUAGCGAGAGUACCGAAGUAGCAAAGGAGGCGCUAUUGUGCACACAAACAAUUAUGGUUCAGCGAUGGGAGUUUACCCAACAGUCAUAA